AUGUCUAUUACCAGUUUUUAUAAUUCAAAUGCUACAAAUGUUGCUGCCGUAACUGCUAGCUCGUUAUCAAAAGAUAAAGAGAAAUCUGAACCAUCACAUACUGAUCGAACAUUAAUAAUCAUGGAUGAAGUUGAUGGAAUGUCAACUGGUGAUAGGGGUGGCACUCAAGAGUUAAUUCAAAUAAUCAAAAAAUCAAAAGUACCAAUAAUCUGUAUUUGUAAUGAUAAUAAAUCACAAAAAAUGAAAUCUUUUACUAAUUUAUGCCAGGAAAUUAAAUUUCAAAGAGAGAACUUGAAAAUAAGUGGUAAUGUAGUUGAUGCAAUUAUCAAAGGAACAAACACCGAUAUACGUCAAGUCAUGAAUUUAUUAUCAUGUUGGAAACUUUCAGAAGAUAGCAUUGAUUAUAAUCAAGGAAAACAACUAAUAAAGAACUCGGAAAAGGAUAUAGUCUUAAAUAUUUGGGAUGUGGCAGUAAAAUUAUUGGAUCCAGUCACCUGGUCAUCUAGAAACGAAGUCUCAUUAAAUGAGAAGUUGAAUCUUUAUUUUCAUGAUCCAGAUUUGACACCCUUGAUGAUACAGGUUUUUUCGGUUUUUUUUUCCAGAGAUGUUGCUAGUAAGGAAUUCAUUGAUAAAAAUAAGGAUAAGAAUGUCGAUCCAGAACUUCUUGAAGAAUUUGCAGUGAUAAAUAGUUUAAGCAAGGCUGCUAGCUUCAUAUCUGAAGGAGAUUUAAUUGGCGGAAUGAUACAUGGAUCCCAACAACGAUGGUCCUUGAUGCCUUUUCACGGUAUGGCAUCAACUGUAAUACCUAGUUAUUAUUCUUGUGGUAGAGGCCAAUAUCAUUUCCCUAGUUGGUUGGGACAAAAUAGCAAAGCAAUGAGAAAUAAAAGAGCAUUGAGUAAAAUUCAAAGCAAGUUAAGAUUAAAAUGUAACGCUAAUAAAGAUGAGAUUUUAAUGGACUAUAUUCCUGCCUUGCUUACAAAACUAUACCAUCCGUUAAUUGAUGAAUAUGGUUUAACAAAAGAAGAUUGGGAAACCAUUAUUGAAUUGGGUAUGGGAAGCAAAUUUGAAGCCGCAAUGAAAAAAAUUAAUUCGAAAACUAAAACCAAUCUUACAAAAAGGUACAAUGUUACUCAUCAACCUAUGAUUUCUGUAAAAAAAGGAAAACAUGUUGAUUUUUAA